CGGUGCUGCGGCAGUCACCCGUUUUGCGGUCGCGCUUCGCCAGAGCCGUGCGCCCAGCAAAGCGUAUCGAGUUCAACUGUGGAACUUCAACGACCGAAGAUCAUGGGUGGUCAGUGAGGCAGAGCGGCAGAGGACGCAAGACAAGGCACGGCUCCGGGCGCAGCAAGAGUACCAAGCAAUGGUGGAGUCCGAGGUGGCGAGACGUUUGGCAGCUGCCCGCGCGGAGGAGCAAGGCGUCCCCUACGUGGUUUCUUUGCUCAACAUAAUCGCCGCAGCGAUUGAGGAGAUGCGAGAGGAGCGCCGCCAGGCGGCGACUGCGACAGCGGCUCUGAUGAGGCAUCUGGCUGAGUUGGCGCAGACCGUCCACCAGGACACCCA